CUGUCAUUUAAAUUUACCAAGGAUAGCUAUAAUUAGAAGUGUCGAGGUUUUAUAACUUCGGUAUUUAAAGGUGAACCGUAACGUGGUCAUCGAAGAUCCAAAAACGACAUUCCUUGUGUAAAAUUAAUAUUCUGGAAGAUUAAAAAUUUUAUGCUGGUUUUCUGGAUUUAUAUUAGAUCAAUUUUGACUGGUGAGAGCGAUAAAAGUAAUGGCGACAACAACUUAUUCACGGCGUUUACUAAAGUUGAAACUGACUCGUCAGAUGAGGCAGACAAGAGAAAGCAUGACGGCGGCCAAUGCCUCGAUACCACUGGACGUUCUGUUUGAAUCUCAGGCCCCUCCCGACACCAAAACUACGGGGCCAAAACCAUUCAGUGAACUCCCGGGCCCCAAAUCUUAUCCACUUAUUGGCGGAAUUCGUCAUUAUUUUCCUGGAGGGCGCUUUUACAAGAAGCAGUUCAUGGAAAUGCAUAAAGAGUGCACUGAGGAGUAUGGAAAUAUUUACAGGGAAACAGUACUUCCAGGACUUGAAAUGGUACACAUAAGUGAUCCGAAAGACUUUGAAGAGGUUUUCCGAAGUGAUGCAAAGCAUCCAAUACGCCAAGCUUUCUUCAUGCUUGCACAUUAUAAUAAAAAAUACAACCAUAAUGUUCAAGGACUUUUAACCAGUCAAGGAGAUGACUGGAGUGUAAUAAGGAAAAAAGUACAACAAAAGAUGCUCCGACCAAGAGCGGUGGCCUCUUACCUUCCAGAGCACUCUAUAGUGGCAGACGAACUCUGGGAUCACGUGAUAUCGUUACGCAAUCAUGAAAAGGAAGUGACGGAUUUGCGACCGGAACUUGACAAAUAUGCAGCAGAAUGCGUCGGUGUCGUGUGUUUUAAUAAGCGUCUCGGUGCCUUCAAAGACCUCUCUCCAGAAAGUGACGCCCAAAAGUUCAUACAGGCUGUAGGUGUUGUAAUGGACAUUAGUCAAAAAGAGUUUAAACAGUUUCCAUGGUAUCGACUCUUUAAGACACCCUCUUUCAACAAGCUAAUUGAAGCUCAGAGUUUCAUUCGAGACAUUGCUGUAAAGUAUUCUAGAGAGGCUUUGACUAAGAUCGGGGAUAAUGCCUCAUUUGAUGGGGAACAUGGAGACUUAAUCCCCUAUUUACUGUCCAAAACCUCGUUGUCUGAGAGAGAGGUCCUGACCGUCAUCUGCGAAUUCAUUUUUGCGGGGGUGGAUACAACAAGUCAUCAUUUGUCCUUCGUCAUGUAUCUAUUGGGAAGGCAUCCAGAAAUUCAGGAAAGGCUGUACCAGGAAAUUAAGACCACUGUUGGUGACAGCGAAGAAAUAACAGAUUCACAUAUUGGAAAAAUGUCAUACCUGAAAGCUGUGACGAGGGAAACGCACAGAAUUUUACCGGUCGCCCCCGGAAAUAUCCGAACUUCCACGAAGGAAAUCGUUCUGUCUGGAUACAGAAUCCCAGCUGGGGUACAAAUUGCCAUGCACCACGACUGGGUUUGCACACAAGACGAGCACUUUGAGGAUGCCCAACAGUUCCUGCCAGAAAGAUGGCUGAGAUCUAACAAGACCAAGACUGAUGCGCAUCCCUUUGCCUCGGUUCCGUUCGGGUUUGGCCCUCGGGCGUGCAUUGGUAGAAGAUUUGCUGAGCAGGAGAGUCACGUCGCACUGAUCAAGCUGUUGAGAAAUUACCACUUGGAAUAUACAGGCGAGGAACUGCAGAAAGAUUGCAACAUAACGUACACGCCCAUGAACAAUAUGACUUUCCGGUUCCACGAGCGAUGAAGUCAUGUGACGCGUCAUAACACCUACUCUUCCCUAUGAGGUCCAUAUAGUACACAUAAAUGCUCCAUAUGGCAGGAAACAGAAACAUCUUAUCGAACACCAAAGAGAGGGGGUAUAAACUAAAAUAUGGCUGGAGUGCGUACCAAAGUGCCCAUGAAUGAACAAAAGCGAUUUAACAAGAAACAUGACGAACAAUAUGUUAUAACACUAUAAAUAUAUAUACAUGUACAUGUGUGUAAA